AUGGAAGUCAUCUGCCGAAAUGUCCCUCUGGACUUAUCAGAGGAUAACUUCAAGCGGGAACUUCUUCCCUUCAUGAAAGCCCUCAACAUCUCGGAUUUCUACUGCGAAAAGCCCAGACGUAAAAGUCAAGCAUGGAUCAAAUUCCUCAGCGCCCAAGAUGGCAGCGCGUUUCUCGCCCGGCAUGGCAAGCAAAGACGUUAUGAAAACCACGGGAAAGAGAACAUCGACCCAAGCAAUCCGCUCAACAACUUCACGGGUAGCCACAUAUUUCGGUCUGUUCCCAGAGACAUGGCGCGUCUUCACAUUCUCAAGACUGCCGUAUUCGUGGAGCAAAGUACAAAGCAUGUGGACAAAUAUGCUAUUGCACACCUCAAACAUGAACGCGAAAAGAAGAAACAAUCGACUACCGCUUCAAACAACAAGGGUCGCCACGCCCCAGACAAGGCUUUCCAAAUUGCUGCCAUCAGCUGUGGUGGCAAUACCUUCCAUGGUCCAAACGAGGUGAUCACAUUCGUUGACCACCAUAAAUUGUUAUUUCGUCCCGAAGGUGUCACCGGAAAAUUCACACCUCAGUGGCUCACGAUCCAGGUUGAGCGUGCACAUCGGAUGGACUUUCAUAACGAGACUAUCCAGGACCUUAUUGCUACCCGCAGCGACAUGUCCGUCACUUUAGUCUUGACAGAGCCGCCAAAGAUGUAUACGUAUCGCCCGCCUACGUUCGAGCGAUCAAUGCAGGAAUGGAGCCGAGUUCACGGACUACAUGCUUGGGGUUUGCCUACUGAGUGCACGUUGUCUUGUCUCGUCUAUCGUAUCUAUUUCUAUGAUACCCCUUCAUUUGACGAAGUACUGGUAUCACUGAAGAACAAGGACAUUCUCGCCAUCACUAAUCACGAUCUGCCAUCCGUCAGAUGGAGUGAAAUAGGAGUAGAAAGCAACCACACCAUUGGGCGACAAACACUUGUAGAGAAGUCUAAGAAUCUUCUCACGUCCGGCAGGGUGCACUUCGCUCUCUUGUUCCAGGUUCAGGCUCUCGUCUGGAACAACUUUAUCAACCCAGCUAGCGGCAUCAAGCUUCUCGACUUGCUGGAGUGUGUCAUAGACGACCACAAAAAGCGUAAAGUAGCAGUCCCUGUGACAACAGACGCUAUGAAGAAGCUUUUCCAAACAAUUCCGUACCCUUGUCCUGGCACUGAACCCAAAGAGCUAGACGUGGUGAGUAUCAUGACCAACAUCAUGGAUGCUGAAUAUGAAGCUCGCAAAGAUGACCCUGAAAGAGACCGAAUUUAUGGAGGCAAGUUGCCACCAAACCAAAUAUGGGUCUUCAAAGCUCUGGUUACACCUACACGAUUGCUUCUCGACGGACCAGAAGCGGAGAGUAAGAACAGAGUACUGCGGAAAUAUGCCGACUACAAUGAUUACUUCCUUCGUGUCCUCUUUUGCGAAGAAGAUGGCCAGGACUUGAGAUUUCAUCCCAAAGUGGACAAUGAGCCAAUCUACUCUCAAUUUCGACGCAUGAUGGAUCAUGGCAUUCAAAUCGCGGGACGGAAGUUUGACUUUCUCGGCUUCUCUCAUUCAUCCCUGCGAUCACACUCUGCCUGGUUCUCAGCACCGUUUGUCGACAAAGACCAUCAACUCCAGAGCCCGGAAGCCAUCUUGCAGGCUCUUGGAGACUUCAGAGACAUUCGAGUCCCAGCAAAAUGUGCAGCACGUAUUGGCCAAGCAUUCUCAGAGACACCGUAUGCAGUGCCAAUUUCCGAAAACAACAUUGUCCCACGCUAUAUCCCAGACGUCAAGUCUGAGGAUGGAUCUCGCGUUUUCAGUGAUGGAGUGGGGACAAUCUCCCAGGAAGCACUGGAAUCAAUCUGGCCCUAUCUUUCCAUGAACUCUGCGGCGCCGACAUGUCUUCAAAUUCGAUGGGGCGGCUGCAAGGGCAUGCUUUCACUGGACACCAGGCUUGAGGGCAAGGUGUUCUGCAUUCGACAGGAGUCCAUGAUGAAAUUUAAAAGCGAGGAUACUGGGGAGCUCGGCAUUUGCGACACUGCAUCCAAACCACUGCGACUCGUUCUCAACCGUCAAAUGAUCAAAAUCCUUGAAGACAUGGGAACAAGAGAUGAAUGGUUCUUUGAGCUCCAGAAUAACGCACUUGACAUCCUCCGCAACGUCACAGCUGACGCAACCAACACGAGCUCCUUUCUUGAACAUCAUGCAAUCGGUAUCAACAUGGGUCUUCCCAGGCUUGUCAAGCAACUGGAGAAAAUGGACAUUGACUAUCGCCGCGACAAGUUUCUUAAGGCUGCCGUCGAACAUGUAGUCCUGCGAGAACUUCGCUUGCUAAAGCACAAGGCUCGAAUUCCUGUUGAUAACGGAGUGACGCUUUUUGGUAUCAUGGACGAGACGGGGUUCCUCAAAGAGGGCGAAGUCUAUGUCACAUACGACAAGACUUAUGGUAGAAACAACGGCCGGGGUAUCAAGUCUACCUUGACGGACGGUGAGAUCAUUGUCACUCGCUCACCAGCUCUUCAUCCCGGAGAUAUUCAGCUUGUGAAACAAGUUACUCCACCGCAAGGCCACUCCUUACGAAGUCUUCAGAACUGUAUUAUUUUCAGCCAGAAGGGGAAGCGUGACUUGCCAAGCAUGUUGAGUGGAGGAGACCUUGAUGGAGACAUUUACAACAUCAUAUGGGAUCCGGAAGCAAUGCCAUCGCGGGUUUUUCGACCGGCAGACUACCCAAGAGUUACCCCUCAGCCCCUGGAUCGUCAAGUCGAGCCUAAAGAUAUUGCCGACUUUUUUAUCAACUUCAUGCGGACUGAUAUUCUAGGGGUGAUUGCGACUAGGCAUGUCAUCUUGGCUGAUUAUAACGAUUUGGGAUCUAUUGACCGUGAUUGCAUCGCCCUGGCAGAACUGCAUUCCACGGCUGUUGACUUUUCCAAGACGGGUAUCCCAGUCAACGUCAAAGCCUUGCCCAGAGCCCCGCGCUUUCGUCCCGACUUUCUUGCAACAGCACCACCUCUGAAAUUGUACGACAAGGGACAGUUGGCGCACAUUGGAGAAGACGACGAGAUGGAUAACGCCGAUGAUAUGGCCCGUACCAAAACGAACUACUACCAAUCUGAGAAGAUUCUUGGUCAACUUUACCGAAACGUCGACGAGAAGAAGAUCUGGGACGAGGACAUUCAUCGCAGUAUCAACACUGCUGGACCUUCGGUUUGGGAUCAGCUAUUGACUAUUGUGGAAAACGAAGCCAUCAAGUACAAGCUCGACAUUGACUGGACACGCCAAUCACAAGAAGCUUGGAAGAUACGAGGCCUGUAUGAAUCGACCAUUGCGGACAAGAUGUGGCACUUCUCAGAGAAUCCCCGUGCACCGUUGACAGAAGUCGAGGUGUUCUGCGGUUUUAUCCUGAACAAGAGAGGUGCCCAGACCCGCCGCCAAGGUGACGCAUCUAUCAAACUCAAAGAAGAGAUAGACCGUACCAUGACGUGGAUUGUCAAGCAGAUUCGGGAUCGUGGUGUAGGUGAUGGAGCUGAGACCCUUAGCACGGUGACUGAAGCGGACGGAACUACAUCCAGGUGGAGAGAAGAUGUUGUCGAGCUAUGCUGGGCGUGUGUGGCUGUUUCCUGUAUCAAAAAGGAGAAUGCACCUGAGUUAUACCGCGGCAACGGCGAGCUACAGAGCUUCCGUAUUGUGGCUGCCAGCUGCCUGGUGAAGGAGCUCAACAACCUUGCUCGGAAAAUGGAAACCGCCGCUGGAGGAGGAUUUGUUGGUGUUGGACGGGGUGGGCGAAGUGGACGGGGUGGACGGGGUGGAAAGAGCAUGACGCUUCCGAUACGAUGA